GCUGACAUUUCUGGUACCUCGAAGGAUGACGUUGUGCGUGCCGUCGAGCUUACGAAGACCUAUCUUGGUUGUCGUACAGCCAGUGUUCGUGACCUCACCUUCUCGGUACGCGCAGGAGAAUGCUUUGGUCUUCUGGGCGUAAAUGGCGCCGGUAAGACGUCUACCUUCCGCAUGCUCACCGGGGACCUGGCUGCGUCACGGGGCCGCGCUCUUGUGGCAGGUCUUGAUGUUCAUCUGCAGGCCCAUCAGGCCCGCGCUCUGAUCGGCUACUGCCCUCAGUUUGACGCACUGCAUGAAAACCUUACCGUAAAAGAAACACUUCUUCUUUAUGCUCGUCUGCGAGGCUACUCGAUGCCUCAGCUAGCCGUCAUAACUGAUACAUUAAUUGAGCAGAUGAGCCUUUCCCUGUACUGCAACAAAAUAGUCGCCAAGCUGUCGGGCGGAAACCGGCGCAAGUUAUCGUCCGCCGUGGCGUUGAUCGGUCGACCUCGAGUCGUAUUCUUCGACGAACCUACUAGCGGCAUGGACCCGGGCGCCAAGAGGUUUCUUUGGCGCCGGAUCGCCGAAGCCCUACAGGAUGGUCAGGCCGUGGUAUUGACCUCGCACAGCAUGGAGGAAUGUGAGGCCCUUUGUCACCGUCUUGGCAUAAUGGUAAAUGGCCAGUUUCAGUGCUUGGGCAGUCCGCAACACAUUAAGGAUUGCUACGGUAACGGCUACACUAUUGAGAUACGUUACCCAGAGCUUCUUAACUCGUCUCGGCAAGAAACUUCUGGCGGACCAGUCAGCCAAACCUUGAGCUGCAUUCACUCUAUUGCAGAUAAAGUGUCCAAGCUGGAGGACCAGCAUCUGGAUCAACUUCCUGAUCUGUCGUUCAGCCCAACAGAUCGACACGACUCAAAGCGGUCAACAUGCGCUGAGAAUCAGGCAUACUCGAAUUUGUUAAUGGAGCAGAGCUGUUCUUCCACGUCUUCUGAGUCG